AGGGGUGGAGCAGCCUUACCUUCUGAGUAUCUUCCAAAGAUUGAUUUACAUACGGCUUUGAAGAUGACUCCAAAGCAUGAAAAACAGAUUCAAAAACCAAUACCAGAGGUCUACUUCCCUCUGGCAUCCUGGUUAGACUGCUUCUUUUCUUCAACCUGUCCACUAGGAAAGGCUGCUUAAGUGACAGACCCAAAGCUGCAAGGCUACAGAAUCUACCUUGGCUUGGAUAUCACUUAAUGAUACAUGGAUAUUCUCCUAUUUGGGUUUGCACUGUGGCGCAGCACAUAAUGGCAUUUACUGGACUUAUUUCAUGCCCACAUUAGACCUUUUUGUGCUCACAGUAACUUUUUACUGUGCUCUUCAUUUCUUGGUUAUACCGCAAUUUGCUAUAUAUUAAACAAUUAAUGUAUAAGACUUAGACUUGGAAUUGAACCUUUUAAACAAAUACCUUUUUAAUCAGUAGUUCAAACAUUGUUUUUCAACAUCAGCAAACGUAUUUAUUAUUUCUGAGUAUUAUGAUAAGUUAGCUGUAAAGAAAUAAUGGCAUUUGUUUCCAUUAGUUCAGCAGCAGUUAUGGCCUGAAGGAGACUAAUUGAAAAUUACAAAAACAUUUAUUUGUAAGAAAUACAUUUCCUGGUUGGAAAUACACAUUGUUAUCUAAUUUAGAAUUUCCCCCUUGGCUGGUUGACAAGAAAUUUCCCAGGCCAGCAGAGAUGAGUCAUUGCUUUUCAAAGUAGUUGAUUGGUGUUACAUUUGUUUCAAUGUUGUUUUUCCUCUUUCAGAAUUAUUACUAAUACAUAUAACUUAGAGUGACAAAAACAUUUCCAGUCAGCAGAGAGGACAGCUUUGUUAAGGCUCUUUAUCCAUUAAUUGCUUUAUUAUGCUCUUGCAGGAAUUUGUAACAGUAUGGGUGCGAGAUCCCAAGUUACAGAAGGAAGAUUUUUGGCAUUCCUAUAUAGAUUAUGAAAUCUUCAUUCAUACAAAUAGCAUGUGUUUUACAAUAAAAACAUCUUGUGUUCGACGCCGUUUUCGAGAAUUUGUGUGGCUCAGACAGAAACUUCAGAGCAAUGCUGUAUUAAUACAAUUACCAGACCUUCCACCUAAAACUCCCUUUUUUAAUUCAAAUAAUUCUCAACAUGUAGACCAGCGUCGCCAAGGUUUGCAAGAAUUUCUCCAAAAGGUACUCCAGAAUCCAGUUUUGCUUUCAGACAGUAGACUUCAUCUCUUCGUACAAACACAGCUGAGUCCUGAAGACAUUGAGGCCUGUGUAUCUGGAAAUACGAAAUAUUCUGUAGCUGAAGCAAUCCGUGGCUUUGCUUAUUUGAAACGACGAUUUCCUGUAGAACAUGAAGAGAAGAAAAAAGAAAAUUAUGCCGAUUCAGAUUCUGAGAGUUCAUCCUCUGGGCUUGAACACAGUGGAAAUGAUAGCAAUUCACACAGACAUAAGGCAAGCACAGCUCAUGAAGAACCCUGAAAUAUUAUUUGCACUCUACUGUUCCUGGAAUGACAGGCAUAACUUGAAAGUUGCAUGUGACCCUUCAAACUACUUCCCAAAGCACGUGCUUUUUGUUUUCAAAAUGGUUUUGAAAAAUAUACAGUAUAUGCAGUAGAGGUUGUAUGGGCUGGGAAUUAUGAAAAUAAUAGUCCAAGUCAUUUUGCAAACCAAGCAGGAGAAAUCUGAUUUAUGUUAUCGAACAGUUAUGAAUUAUAACUGUAGAGACACCUUCAGUAUCUUAGAUUUCCUGGUGUAAUCCUUUGGGGGUCAUUGUAAGAGAGAGCAGAGAAAACCUCUAAAUGAAUGAUGUUGAAAUAUGUUGGAAUAUCUGACCUCAAAAUGUACAAAUUCUAUUUUCAUUUGGCAUUUUAAAUGACAAUAUGGCCACAUAAUUCCAUCAUAUUGUACAAACUAAACUUAACUGAAUGCAAAAUGUAAUUUAAAAAAUUCUGCUUUUAAUUACACUUAUUGCCAGGUAAGUAUGCGUAUGUACUCAGCAAUACAGGAAUAAAUGACCAAAUUACUUUUAAAUGAACAUUCUAAAAUAUUAGCUUCAUCCCAAUAAAUACUUGAACACUAUGUUAUAAUCAAACUUACAGAGUUUCAUCAAGUGCUUGAGUCAGUAUGCUUAGAUGCAAUUGAAGUCAAUAGGUUUAAGCUUGCCUAACAAUUGUCACAUGUUGUGUAAAUAUAUAUUUCAGACCCGUACUCCCAUUGACAGCAGGCAACGGAAUUUCAUUUUUAAUGUGGGCUAGUGUGCUCACAAUAAAAAAAAAUGACAAUAAACAUUACUUUAUCUUUUUGAAAUCGAAGUACAUCGCAUUUGAGGGCACCAGGUUGAAGGAACCUAAUAUGUCUUGCUCUUUGAUGCAAUAAAGAAAUAAUGUUGUAUAGCAAACUCUCUUUGCAUUAUAAACGUGUUAUGCUAUAUUUUCAAAUUUCUGUUUCUAGAUAUAACAGUGAAGAAACUAGAUUUUAGCCAGAGGAGCAGGAAACACCAAAAGAUAAUUUAAUUUUUUUAGGGAUAUGUAUGUUUAAAGUAUCUAGCUGGACUACUUCAUAAGCUCAAUUCAUUUUGGAAAUGCUCAGUAAAAUUAACUGGUACCCAGUCCAAAAAGUGCAUUUAUUAUGGAACUAAUUUUCAUAUUCUAUUCAUAUUAAGUAAUACUUUUUGAAGGUCAUGGAGUAUAUUUUGGAAUGGGGGAGGGGAAAGAAGUGGUAAAUAUUUAGAGCCAACAAUCCUUUUGCUAUUAUGGUUGAGCAUUAAAUAAUCUUGCAGAUUAUUUUAUUUAAUUGGAUAAAACUAUUUAGGCCUAAAUAAGAAAAAGUGCUAAGCACUUAUGCUUAGAUAACAGCCUGAACAUGUAAGUAAAAUCACAAGUGUAGCAUUUGCUACUGUUACAGUAAAAUGAACAAAAGGCAUUCUGAGGAAAGAGAAGAUAAAAAAAGACCAAAGAAAAUGGAAUAAGAUAUUGUCGCCUACUAAAAUUAUAGAAAUCUAAUUAUUACUGUCAAGCAAUUUGAAGCAAUGUGUAUGCUAUAAGUUUAUUGAUUGCUAAUUUUAGUAUAUGAUGUGUAAAGACUUAUGUGAUGUCAUUUAAUUGAUGCCUGCUGGAGGAUAAACAAUUAUUUCAGCCUUAAGUAUAGCAAAUAGAAGGCUUGGGAACCACUGUUACAUUAAAAUUCCACUGUGAAUUGCUGGAUUUAAUGUAGUUUGUCAUUUGUUUUAUCAAUACUGUGCAUAUUAAUCAUGUUGCUUCAGUAUUACUAUAUUCAUAUUUUUAUACAGCAAAGCUCUACAUGCUUACUAUGAUGUAAAUCCAUCUAAAUUGUUUAGAGUGUAUCUGAUUGCAGCAUGACCCUUUACAUAUUUUAUGUCUAUCAAAUAUUAGUGAAAUACUUAAAACAGAAAUGUGUGAACUCUUAAAAUGUCUAGAAAACGCUUCCAUUUUGUUAUAUUUCCAAAAUAAAACAUUUUCUAUGUUGAUUUA